AUGGAGAGCGACAAGCCUCAGCGGGCGACCGCCGCUCAAAUGGCAAACAGAAAGAUCAAGGACGUCCGUAGACGACGCCCAGUAUCCGCCUCGGGACCUUCGGCACCUCCGUCUGGGAGCCCUUUCAGCUCUAUAGAUCCCAAUAUACAGUCCUCCAUGCCGGGCUCUCAACCGUCUAGCGGGUUCGUCUUUGGCCAGUCUCAGAGCUUCCCUGGGGUUGGUUCAAAUCCGAGCCAAAACGCGUCGACUCCGUUCGCCUUUGGUGCCAGUAGUGGCGCCUCUUCUUUCAGUUUCAAUUCGUUUAACUCGAACAUGAAUAACCCAUUUUCGGGCUUGAAUAACGCCGCUCCGGCGCAGCCGCCAAGUGACGGCGGAUUCAAAGGAAGUAUAUUCAACUUUCCAUCUUCUGGAAACCAAAACGCGUCCGCACAGGCUCCUGCCACAGGCCUAUUUGGCUCUCAACAGCCCAGUUCCACGAGUGCGUCGUUUGGUGGAUUUGGCAGCAACACUGCUACCACUACCACUGGAAUUUCCAGCCAGUCCACACCUGCGAUGUCAGCUGUAACUGGUAACAUAUUUACACAGCCUAGCACUACUGCUGCGGCCCCUUCAUCCAGUAUCUUCGGCCCCUCUACCCCGGUGAAGCCUUCUGCGUUUGGCCAGUCCAUCGCUUUUGGGAGCGACUCGAUGCAGACUUCGCCGGACACCAACACUAAUGGCUCGUCCAAGUCCAUAUUUCAAAGCUCUAUCAAUGCCACUGGUGGAAAAUCACUGUUUACAAAGCCCGAAGCCAAAAAUGAGACUGCAGGCGAAGAAAAAACUACCUUUUCCACUCCUGCGCAGUCGGUUUUUGGAGGAAAGCCUAUAGGGACGCCCUCUCCUUCUAUCUUCGGCACGCCCAGUUCCACUUCUCAAGCUGCCACAACGACUUCUGCUGCGCCAGCCACUACCACAUCUGCGGUCACCGCUUCUGCUACCCCUGCUACCACCUCGAAUCCAUUUGGCCAAUCUCUGUCCAAGACAGCUGGACCAUUACAGAACCCUUUUCAAGCCGGCAAUUUAUUUGCACCAAAGCCAUCUGAGGAGAAAAAUGAAAGCCAGAAACAAACUGGCACUGGCACUGCAGAAGCCAAGCCAGGAUUCCAGCUUCCGCCAUCCACUCCCAGUAGUACUUCAUUGUUCUCUAAGAGCACUAGUGCCGCCCCUACGACAGCAUCUAAUGGACUAUUUGGCUCACCACCUGCAUUUAGCACACCCCAACCUGCAGUUGGCGCAAGCAAUCUGUUUGCUCCUAAAACUGCCGUGCCUGCGGACCAAGAGGCUUCCAAGGCUACUCCAAGUAACCCUUUCGGCAGUCUUUUUGCAUCUCCGGCGGCAAAAUCGUCUCCUCAGAAAGAACCAGCGCAAGAUGAGCUGCAGUCAACUCAAAAGCCAUUCCCCAGUCUCUUCACGUCGAAGCCUGGCCCGUCUGCGGAAGAACCCAAGACGAAUAAAUCGCAAGGGCCAGCAGCCAGUACUUCUCCUUUUUCAAGUUCCGCGACAGGUUUUGGUGUCUCUAAGCCGUCGACUAUGUUCUCUCCCAAACCCUCGCCUUUCCCUACUUCCGUUACAGGGCCUGAGGUUCAGAAGUCUUCUCCGGCCCCGACUGCACCUGCACAAGUUCCCUCUAGGGUUAAUGGGGCAGAGACAGCUGCCCCCUCUAGCCAAACUACUCAAACUUCGUCGGCUUUCAUGCGCUUAAAGGACAUAGGUCCCGAGGAUCUUCCUGCUAAUUUGGACGAAAAUACGAGGAAUCAGAUUCAAUUGCUCUGGCGUGUUCGCGCUUUAAAUACGUCUUUUAAGCGAAUAAUUUCGGACCUGGAUCCUUCAGUUGAUGAUUUUGACAACAUUGUCCUCUUCUAUUUGCGUGCACGUGAAGCAAUUGGCGCUCCCGCCAGCCUAAGGAAACGGAAGGCGCCUCAUGAUGAUAGUGCUACUGUACCAACUGUUGAUGAAGCGCCCGCUUCGAAAAAAGUCAAGUCUGCUGAUACCCCGCCCGUUUUUGGUGCAUCCGGUCAGGGCAGUGUGUCGACCGCUUUAGGCAUGACGAUUUCCCAAAGUCCUAUAACAAGCACGCCUUCCAAGCUCUUUGGAACGCCAAGCCAUGCUGCUUCGGGAAGUAAGAAGCGGAAAUCCAAUGAAGACGAUGAUGAUGAGAGUGCUGGUGCAUCCAGCUCCCUUCUUGGAAAGCGCACUAAGGAGUCGGAAAGAUCCACGACAGCAAGCAUUUUUGCCCAGUCUUUCUCGAAAUCAGUGUUACCAGAUGCUGGCAAUGAGACCUCUGGCAUUAAGACCCCUUCCCCCUUCAAAUCCUCCGUGUCAGAGCAAAAGCAGUCUGCAGUUGGAUCCACUACUCCGACAUCUUCUCCUUCCAAACCUCCAUUUUCUUUUACAGCUGCGCCCAAAGAAAGCCCAACGCCAGCACCAUUGUUUUCGGUAGCAGCCGCCUCGAAACCAACGUCUGAUGCGUCCACUACUGCUAGCCCAGCUAUUAUUAAGAAUCCAUUUGUUCUCAAACCAACGGAGGAUAAGAAUGCGGAUUCGGCUUUAAAAACCGCACCUGCGCCUCCGAAGUUCUCUACGGGUACAACCGACUUUUUCUCUCAGUUCAAGAAGCAGGCUGAGGCAAAUGCUGAAAAGGAGAAAGCAAAGCGCAAAGCGGAAGACUAUGAUUCGGAGGAGGAUGACGAAGAUGAGUGGGAGCGUAAAGAUGCCGAGGAGCAAAGGAAGAAACGAGAGCAAAUUGAAGCCCUGGCCAAAAACCGCCCGAAGUUUAUUCCGGGCAAGGGUUUCUCCUUCGAAGAAAGUCCGGCAACUUCAACUGAAUCUAAAGAUACCGAUCAAAACUCUGCGAUUAAUACAUCCACGUCCAGUGUCGGGACCUCGAUAUUUGAAUCAAAAGACGCGUCUUCCUUUAAGUCGACUAACAUCUUCGGUCACCUGUCUGCAACACAAUCUGAAGUCGAAGAGAACGAUGCGGAUGACACGGAAGAAGCUUCUGGUGACGAGGACGAGACUAAGGAUCCGUCUUUUGUUCCAGCAAGCGAUGCUGAGAGCAGCCGCGCUACCACAGACAAGGAAUUGGCACCGACACCUGUGUCGACCACUAGUGCAGGCAUUCUAGGCAAUGGAACCGCUAGUGCCGAUGUCAUUUCCAAAACCUUGGAGAAGAAAUCCGAGGAUACGAAGACUUCUGCUGCAGACGGCGGAUUUCCUACGGUACCGGCUUCCUCUGCUACCGCUGCAGCUCCCUCUGGUGGACGCAGCCUUUUCGAUUGUAUCCAAUAUGAUAAGGAUGGAAACCCGGAACGUCGUGAAGAUGCGACGUCAGAUGAAAAGGCUUCAGAUAAGCCUUUUUCGGGCCUGUUUAAAAAUUCUAAAUUCGGGUCGUCGUUCAACGCUUCCGGAUCUUCCACUUCCAAUAUCUUUUCUUCAAAUGGUGGAGCUGCGUCAACGCUGGAGAAGACCCCCUCAAACACCAGUAAUAUAUUUGGCUCCAGCACUACACUGGGCAGUUCAACCUUCAAGCCGGCCAGCGAUAAUACUUGGAAGAUUAACACCCCCAUAAAGUUCGCGGCUGAUUCUAUCGCUACUGCAACUUCUGAGUCAAAGUCCGAGUCGGCAUCUGGAAUGGCUACUCCCGACCAGUCAAAACCAUUUUCUACCCUCUUCGGAGGAUCGUCUGCAGGUGCGAAAUCUGCUGGGACCCCUCAACAACCCCUGUUUGGGUUUGGGUUUGGUGCCCCAUCGCAGCAAGCAAAGCCUGCCUUGGCUUCCUCGACUGCUACUUCCGAUACCCCAAGCCGCUCGACCACUCCAGGACCCAAUUCCGAGACGGGGGCAGAAGGGACCGAGCCAGGUGAUGCCGCCGAGCCCUUGCCUCAGGUCGAUCUAGCCCGCAGCACGGCGGGUGAGGAGAAUGAGGACCUCGUACUGGAAACCCGAGCUCGCGGUCUCAAAAUCAAACCUGGGGCAGGAUGGGAAAGUCAGGGCGUCGGCUACCUUCGUGUCUUGAAACAUCGUACCACCUCUCGUUCGCGCAUCAUUCUCAGGGCAGAUCCUAGCGGAAAGGUUGUUCUGAAUACGGCGCUUAACAAGGCGAUUGAUUAUUCUGCUUCCGGUAACAACGUGCGGUUCUUCGUGCCACAGGCUGAAGGUCCUCCUGAGCAGUGGGCCUUGCGGGUCAAGAAGGAGGAAGUGGACCGCCUCGCAUCUACUUUGGAGGAAUGCAAGAAUGACGUUCGAGAUUGGAGCAUUUUGUCGACAGGGUCAAAGAGGCGCAACUUUGCAUAG